UUCGAGUCACCAUGAGUUGUGACAUACACUGAUUACGUGUUCUUCUACAUGCACUGUGCCAGCAGCUGUUACCGUGCACACAACUUCUAAUCACCAGCUUUCUCUACAAUCUUCGGAAGCUCAGGUUGACCAGGUUAAUAAGUGACUCUCUAGUCUAGGAGAAGGAGCUGGCUUUGGAGAGCUUUGAAAGCUCCAAACUUCAACAUGUUCCUCCUGCUUCUUGCAGCGCUGCUGGGCACAGCAGUAAAUGGUAAUCUGUAUCACAAGAUCAUUGGUGGGUACGAGUGCCAAGCCAACUCGGUUCCAUGGCAAGCCACCCUUCAGUACUUUGACGACCAUGUAUGCGGCGGGAUCCUGAUUAAUAAGCAAUGGAUCCUAACAGCAGCACACUGCAAACUGCCGAGCCUUCAGAUCCAACUUGGGGAUCAUAACAUAAAGAAUUAUGAAGGAAAAGAGCAGUUCACCUAUGCUGAUAAGAUGUGUGCUCACCCAGGUUUUGAUCAAGUAACCUAUGAUAAUGACAUCAUGUUGCUGAAGUUGCCGCAGCCAGUCACAUUGAAUGCUUACGUUCAGACUAUUCCCAUUGGCUGCUCUGCCCUACCUGAUGGGACCACCUGUCUCGUAUCUGGAUGGGGGACCACUACUAGCCCAGAAGCAAACUAUCCCUCUACUCUGCAGUGUGUAGAGGUGAAGACGGUUUCUGCCCCUGCUUGCCAGGAAGCGUAUCCCGAUGAUCUGAUCUCAGGCAACAUGCUGUGUGCUGGAGUUGAGGAAGGAGGCAAGGAUUCCUGUCAGGGUGACUCCGGUGGGCCUUUGGUGUGUGAUUCUAAACUCUACGGUGUCACGUCCUGGGGUAACGUUCCAUGUGCAGAACCCAAUCACCCGGGAAUUUACACUAAGGUGUGCAAAUACUUAACCUGGAUCCAGCAGACAAUAGCUAAUGGUGACUGCCUUCCAUAA